GACGGACGGACGGUAAAGAGACUCAAUCAACGAGCAGUUAACUGCUGCUGAAGAAACUUUAACGCAGUUUUAUAAAAUCAUCGUCAAUCCGAGGAAGAGAUGGRCRAUCAGCGCGGACUGCUGUUUUUCUCCCGGACUCCCCUGAUAAUCUUACACCGGAUAGAUGGCCCACCAUGCUGUCUGUGUGAAGAGGAGGAGGUUCUCGAAGAGCUCAGCAACCAGAAGAGGAAGUCCACCUUGGAUAAAGAGGAACCAGAACCUCAACAGUUCAGAGAGGAAGAGAAUCAACUCUGCAUCAGUCAGGAUGAAGAGCAGCUUGUGCUGAAACAGGAGACUGGAGACAUUUUGGUGACUCCUAAUGAGCAAAGAAUCAACAAUGAAACGAAACCAAACAGGAAGCAAUGCGUCUCUCAUGCUUCUCUUGAAGAUGAGAAUCAGGAUCAGGAAGGAAGCAAUUCUGGAGGCCCAGGAAAAAAGAGGGACAAAGAGCAGAAACAAAACAAGAGAUGUCAGAAAACCAAACAGCAAAAAGGAACUACUGAAGGUCCAAAGCAAAAAAAGCACAAAAAAACUCAAUUGAACAAAAGUUUAUAUUCCUGUAAAAGUUGUGGUAAAACCUUUCCUCGAAAUGACUCCUUGACAAGACACAUGAGGAUUCACACAGGUGAGAAACCUUUCACAUGUGUUAGUUGUGGGAGGAGUUUCUCUCAUAAACAAAGUUUAGAUUCUCACAAGAGGAUUCACACAGGUGAGAAGCCCUUCACAUGCAUGACUUGUGGCAAAAGUUUUACGGAAAGAAAAUGUUUGACUUAUCACAUGAGGAUUCACACAGGUGAGAAACCUUUCACGUGUAUUAGUUGUGGGAAGAGUUUCACUCUGAAAAGUCAUUUAGCUUCUCACAUGAAGAUUCACACAGGUGAGAAACCUUUCAUGUGUAUUAGUUGUGGGAAGAGUUUCUCUCAUAAACAAAGUUUAGAUUCUCACAUGAGUAUUCACACCGGUGAAAAACCCUUCACAUGUAUGACUUGUGGAAAAAGUUUUACGGUAAGAAGUGUUUUAAAUUCUCACUUGAGGAUUCACACAGGUGAGAAGCCUUUCACAUGUAUUAGUUGUGGGAAGAGUUUCACUCAGAAAAAUCAUUUAGCUAUUCACAUGAGGAUUCACAGAAGUGAGAAGCCUUUCACUUGUAUCACUUGUGGAAACAGUUUCACCCGGAAAACUCAUCUAGCUACUCACAUGAAGUUUCACACAGGUGAGAAGCCAUUCACAUGUUUGACUUGUGGAAAAAGUUUCACUAUAAAAUGUAGUUUAACUUCUCAUAUGAGGAUUCACACAGGUGAAAAGCCUUUCUCAUGUACUAGUUGUGGGAAGAGUUUCCCUCUUAAAAAUAAUUUAGAUACUCACAUGAGGAUUCAUACUGGUGAGAAGCCUUUCACAUGCAUCACUUGUGGAAAAAAUUUCACUCAAAAAUGUAAUUUGGAUAAACACAUGAGGAUUCACACAGGCGAAAAGCCUUUCACAUGUAUUAGUUGUGGGAAGAGUUUCACUCGUAAACACAGUUUAGAUUCUCACAUGAUGAUUCACACUCGUGAGAAGCUUUUCACAUAUAUGGCUUGUGGAAAAAGUUUCGCCUAUAAAAAUACAUAGUUUAUCUGUACCCAGGAGUGGUCACAGUACUCAGUGGUCAGAUUAUAUAAUUUGAACCUUAAGAACCAAGUUUUUCUGUAACUUGUCUUUUAUGCUGUAAUUACACCUGAAUCAGGUGGGAAGAUGAAGUUGACACCUCAUCCCCCACCAUCAUCAAAUCCAACAAAAUUAGCGUUUAACAUUUGCGCAGGAAAAAAAUAAAAACAUCAGUUGUGCUGCUUUUGAUGAAGAACUCAGAUGACCUCCGAAAACUUUUUGAUUCAUAUCCAAGAAGUUUUUACUGCACAAAACAACACAAAAGUUUGACACCAAUUUUGUCAGAUCUGAAGAAGGUGGGGCAACGUCAGUCGGGUAGUAAAUACAGCUGGAUCACAUUUCAAAAUGUGUAGCUUAGUUACAAAAGCUUUUCAAAUAAGAGUUAUAACUGUAGUUAAUGGAACGAAGGGUUUAAUUUUUGCAGAUUCAAUUAUUGAAAAAUUGUGUUUAUUGGAUUCAUGUUAUGGGGACAUGUAUGGACUGGUAGACUAGUUAUCAGGAUUGGGAUGAAUGUUUUCUGUAUUUGAAUCUAAACAUCAGACAUUGUGGGCUGCACAGUUGGUAGAGCUGUUGCCUUGCAGCAAG